AUGUCCUUUCCAUCCCAUUCGAAUCGAAGUGAUGAUGACGAUGAGACAGCCGACAAUCAAACACCCAUCAAGCAGAAGCCAUCCUCCAUCCCCGAUGGAACAACGAUCAUCAGCUACUUAAAUGACCCUGAAAACACCGAACAGAGCAAGGAUGACUUGUUGCAUCGUUUGGCUAGUCGGUUGAAGCAUGACGAUCAAGAAGAAGCUGCAAUCCUGGUCGAGGAUCAUGGACUAUUGAGCUUACUCGAUGAUUUAUCGUUGGACUUGCCCUCGAUCAUACUCCAUCGCGUCUGUCGUCCCACGAAAACAGAGCCAAGAUCCAUGCAAGAAUCAGAUUCAGAAGACAAAACGAUCUCCGAUGCAAGGAUUUGUUUGACCAGUUUGGUUGAAUAUGGAAGUCCUAAAGAAGUCUUCAUGUCUGUAACGACCACCAUCCUCCAACUCCUAACCAAGACCUCAAACAGCUCACUCGACGAGCUGGAUCAUCGACAGUCAUCGCCCGAAGAUCCCAGCCUAUCUGGAACAAACAUCAUGGAUCAGGGACAGAUCGACUGGACUUUUCUGAGCUUCAUCCUCUCUCCACUCUCCACCGUGCUGUUAAAGAUCCUCCAGAAGUCGCGGAAUCCGAGCGGGUUUUUUGAUCCGUUCUGUCAGUCCAUUCUCGGGCUUCUAGAUCGUUGUGGAGGAUCAGGAUCAGGAAGACGAGAAGAAGGAGUAUUUGAGCGAAGGAUGAAGAUCUACCAAGAGAUUGCGGAUGUCUGUCACAAGGCAGCCGAUCUGCACGGCGAUCUGGAGCAGAAAACGCAUCUGCUUCUGGCAGUCUCGGUCUCCUUGAUCUUCGCCUGCCCAUCCACCCAACUACCUCUCGGAAAAGCGUUCCUCUGCCAUCGAGACCCCAAGUGGCGCUCCAGCUUCUCACGUCUCCUCCAGGCCGAAGAAUCCGUCCCAAAGACUAACAGCUUUGGACGCUUGUUCUUCUCCGAUCAACACACCGAUCCGGUCAGGAAAAUACAGGAAACAGUCGUCGCGCCGUUCUUGGCUAACAUCGAAGCUCGGCAGAUCAAACAGAAAAUUGUCCAGAUCGGCGCGCGUUUUGCUACUAGUUUAGAGGAUGAUAGUUUGGUGAAGUCUUUGGCUGGAUUAGGUUAUGGUGAAUUAUCAGGACAGCAGCUCGUCCGAGUCGCUCAACAAGGCGCGUUAGUGAUCGCAGCGUUUGACAGAUUUAGCAAGAUUGGAAAAGAGGAAACGGGCGAUCAGUCUCUACCAAUGAACAUGGAAGCAGUCGAAGCUCUGAUCACGCCGACGUUUGUCGAGGCUCCUCUGUUCCUGAUCAUGUCGGAGCGUCCAGGGGAAGGCCGAGUGAAUGAAGAGCUGGGGAGCAAGUUAUUAAGCCUGGCUUCGACCGACCCGACCGGCUCGAGCCGGCUACUGAUGAUGAGAAGUUUGGCAUGUUUGGUCGAGGGUCUUGAGCGGCCGUUGGCCCGGCUGGAGCUCAUAGGUGCCCUGAUUGACCAACACCCCAGUCAACCUAACAUCCAAGAGCGCCCUUGUCAGUCUCCUCCGGGAAUCCCUCGCCCUUCUUUCGUCCUUCCCUUCUGGCCAGAUAUGGAUCGCGUCAUCCAGCUCCUUCGCCAGCUCCUCCUUACGAUCAUCAACUCGACCCCUCUCGAUCUCGAGCUCGUCAAGCAGGCGUUGGACGCCGGCCAGCUUGAAAAUUGGAGCUCGAUCGACGAACUCUUGAAGUUCAUGAUCGAACGCCUCAACCUUGUUUAUCUCUUACUCAAAAUCGAUCAUACCAAUGCUACUGGGAUCAAGAAGGGGCCGAUGAACAUGCAAGUGAAAGAGCUCCUGAUCACGCCGAUAUACGGCUGGAUAGAGGCAACGAUGCGGGCGACCGAUCUGACGAUCGUCCAGAACCGGGGCCUAGGGAGUCUUGUAUAUUCGCUCAAGAUCUCGCUCGAUCUGUGUAUUGAGGUCCUCAACCGACUUUGAGUCCUUUCUUGGUCAACAUCACAAACUGGGCUUCUGGCUCACUUUACCUCCCCCCCCUGAGAAUCUCUUCUCGUCAUAGUUAUUUCUGGGCCAUGUAGAUGGACUUUUGUAUGGUCAAUCACAUGGCGUCUUCUUUGGUCUUCUCUCUCCUGCUAUACCUAGCUUUUGAUAUUCCCCUAGAUUCCAGUAGGUCUGGUCAUAAAGACUUCUCAGACACCCGCCUCGUAGCAUGAUCUUGCUGUUCUGAAUCAGUCAACCUCGAGGUGUUCCAAUGUUUAUUGUAAAUCUAAUUUGUAGCUUGUUUUGACACAGGCUUUUUUUGGGUAGUUAGUCUGAAAGCUGGGGCACUAGGGAAAAAAACGCUGAAGACUAGGAAAGAUUGAAGGAAAAAAAAAUACGAGAUGAAUGAAUGAAUGACGGUGAUUUGGAAAAAAAAAAAAGUGUGGAACACUAUGGUGGGGGAACAAGCAAAUUCAAAUC